AUGUCCGACGACGAAAUACAUGAAUACUUUAACCGCAAGUUUGUAGACUGGAACAUCAUUGAUUUUUUGAGGGAAUGUAAAGAAGAACCUUUUCAACGAAAAAUAGAUAAGUACCUUAAAAGUCUUGAAACCAUUGUUGAACGUGAGAAAGGCAAAAGGAAGACAAUGGCGGAAACUCUCCUUCAGAGAUAUAAAGAGGCAAGCUGCUUGCCGAGCCACAAAACCAAUGUCGAGGCACAG